AUGCUUUCGCACGCGCCACUGUUGCGCAGGGGAGCGUCGACCAGUGUGCGAAACCUGUCUACUUCGCCAUUCCGUCCAAGCUCGCCGCAGCUACUGCAGGCGACGCAGCGGAAUGAACUGGCAAUGCCUGUUAUUAUCGGAUGUGCUUUGAUUGGAGCUGGCCUGCUCGCGAAGCUGAGUAUGGGCUCCAGUUCUGGUUCGAGCGGCAAGUGGGUAAAAGGCGGGUUCCAGUCGAAAAUGGACAGGAAGGAAGCUGCACAGGUCCUUGGACUUCGCGAGGCGAGCGUUACAAGGAACAAAAUCAAGGACUCGCAUCGUCGUAUGAUGAUUGCGAACCACCCCGAUCGCGGUGGCUCGCCCUACCUUGCGAGCAAAAUCAAUGAGGCGAAGGAUAUCUUGGAACGCAACACGUCGCGCUAG